UAUGCCAGUAACUAAGUGCAUACACUUUUGGUGGGUCGAGUUGUAUGGACAUCUGAUUAACUUUUCAUGGUUUACCUCCUGAGUGUCAAGUAGAUCAACAUACAACGACCGAACCAGUCAUCAGAUGAUCAAGGCUGUGUAAUGACAUCAAGUCAUGUCAUUUUUCGAGGCUAGCCUGCUAGUUGUUAGCUGUUUGUGUCUGUACUUUAGAACAUUUGAAGUUACGAGCAACUACUACAACACUGCGGGGUGGUGGCACAAGUCAUCGUUGACAUAAUGUGAAGCCUAACAACGGCUUUAAAUGUACUUAAUUGAUGGUUUAAUGGUGAUUUCGCUAGUAAUCCAUGAAUUGCACUGAGGACAUUCCGAUUUAUGUCUGCGUUGCUUUUACGUGGGUCUCUGCCCACGAUGUACAUUUUCGGUCUUCAAGCUCUUCCAGUCUACCUAAAGGAUGAGCCUGGUGGUACACUAAUUUAUGUCACAUGCGGGUCUCAGUGUGCAGAGAACCAUCUUGGCCCCGUUGUCAGGAGAGUACCCUUUCCACACGUCAGACAAAACUAAACUUACUUUGAGGUCUGGCAGUUAGAUCCACGUUCUUUGCACAAGGUGAACUAAGUGGCUCAACCAUAGUCACAACGACGACAAUGGCUUGUGGGGGCAAAUUCCAGUGUUUUGGUCUGCUUUCGUCCUUUGUAUCUUUUUUCCCUAGAGGUUGUUCUGAUCUGGUGGGUGAAAUAUGACUUGUAACCAUAGGAAUGCUUCCCUCAGUUUCUCUCUGAUCUACCUCGGGCGAUGUACUUCAGAUGGCCUAGGCAACACUUGCAGUAGACCAACUGACAACAUCCUGGAAGUGGGAACCGACCUUCUAAAAGAGUUUAUCUAUGAGCGUGUGCGUCGCCAUGGAGACCCAGAGGCAGUGGUGACUCGUAACCAGCUGGGGGGCAGAGAGCUGAGCGACCCCAGCCACAAGAAACUUGCGCUGUGCCUACAGCAGAUUGGCGAUGAGCUGGACAAUAACGCACAGCUGCAGAGCAUGAUCAAUGAUUCGGCUCUGCAGCCCACCAAGGACGUCUUUUUCAAGGUGGCCUGCGAGAUCUUCUCAGACGGCAAGUUCAACUGGGGCCGGGUGGUGGCUCUCUUCUAUUUCGCCUGCCGUUUAGUCCUCAAGGCUUUACUGACCAAAGUGCCAGACAUCAUACGGACAAUCAUAAAUUGGACCGUUGACUAUCUCCGAGAACAUGUCAUCAACUGGAUCCGGGAUCAAGGUGGCUGGGAGGGCAUCCGCUCCCACUUUGGCACGCCCACGUGGCAGACUGUCGGCGUCUUCCUGGCUGGAGUUCUCACCACUGUGCUGGUCAUUCGCAAAAUGUGAAAGGAGCGAGUAGGGGUAGAGUGAGGGAGAGAUGGAGAAAUGGUGAGAUGGAGAGAAAGAAAGAAAGAAAGAAAGAAAGAAAGAAAGAAAGAAAGACAGGAAGAACGGGUGGACAUAAGGAGAGUUGAUGAAGAGAGCGGGCAAGAGAAGCCUCAGCUGAGGUGCUGACUAGCUGGAAGAGGGUGGUAUACAUACAGUAAGAAGGCGGCCGUGAGGGGAGGGGAGGGGGUGGAAGGGUUAAGGUGUGUCGAGGGGACUGCAGUACAUUCACUUCCUGUCUCUCGACUGCAUGUCGUACACAAACAGAACAGAGUCGACGUGAAAGAAAGAGAGAGACAAGAGUAAUGGAUAGGAAGGAAAGAGAGAAAUUAAGAAACAGGGAGAGAGAGAGCAAGAGAGAGAGAGAGAGAGCAAUCAGGAUCAGCAAAGACAAAUGAAAUUUGUUUCUCUUUAUUUAUUUAUUUCCACUAUUGAGCAAACCAUUUUUUUGCAUUUAACCUAAAGACUCUUGGACUAAAGCGACCUGACAAAUCUCUCAAUCGACUCAAUGUGAAGAGGAGCGGAUCUUCGCUACCUACUCGAUGCAUUUCUCAAGUUUUGCACUUAUAAACCACCAACCUUCCUUCUCCUCCCAUAUCCCCCCAACUCCACUUUUUAGCCAUCUGUUUUUUAUACGCAACAGACACCAAAAGGUCUUUCUGAGCUCCACAAAUGCAGAGGUCUUGUCAGAGUGCACUUUAUACAACUGUCUUGUGGCGUAUGGAGGUACAGGCGAAGUGUUUACAUAGGUGUGUGUCCUGUAUGACUGUAUAUGUGGUGUAACUUAUAUAAUCACACACACACACUUACGGUACAUACACACACACACACACGGCUGAUUGUGGGGAGCUGGUCAGACCUUUGAAGACGUACCUCGUGAGGAAUAGUGUUAAAUGUACUGUAUUUUUAAAAUCUUGGCUAUUUAUACUCUCCCAUCUACUUCGGUCUAAUUCUCUGCUUGAUGCUCCUCUUCUUCCACACCACUGGUCUUUAUUUGACACUUUUUUAUGUUUUUUUUUUCUUUUCAGUUGUCAGUGCCUUGUUUUUUUCCUGCUGUAAUUUUUUAAAACAACUUUAAAAUCACUUUUAUACAACUGUCCUUUUCCAUCAGUUUUUUUUCACUCUUUUUCUAGGAUUUGUACAAAAAUACAUGAGAUUUGAAGCAAUUUGGUUUUUUUUCCUCAGCUGCCCUGGCUCUGUCAUAUUGCCUGUUUUUGUAUAAUGUUGUACAAUUAAAAAAGGAAAAGAUGAAAAGGAUAAAAUCCUUUGCAAACUUCAA